AUGGAGACCGACAACGUUCGUAAAGCUCUUGUGAUCUACGCAACUGAGGGAGGCGAUGGCCAGAGGAAAAUUGUGGAGCUCGCCAAAAGUCUGACCGCUUGUGCGACCACCGUCACCGAGUCGCGGAUUGAUAAUCUGCCCACUGAAGGUCCCUUUGAGGCGAUCAUCGCCGAAGAGCCGAGCUUCACCACUGCCCAGUUGGAGCAGUUGCUCAAACUUCUCUCGCCCAACUGCUACAUGUACAUUGCCAAGUCGGCCGCCACCGCCAAGAAUCUGUCAUUCCAGCUGAAGGUGGGCGGCUUUGUGGCCGUCAGUGAGUCGGACAGUCUGAUUGCCGUUCGCAAGCCCGACUACGAGGUGGGCUCCUCGGUGAAGGUGGUGGACACCUCUUCUAACGGUAAGAAGAAGCUCUGGUCCGUGGAGGCGAUGGACGACCUCGAGGCGGACGACCUGAUCAACGACGAGGAGCUGCUGGACGAGGCGGACCGGGCGAAGCCCUCGGCGGAGGACCUGCGCGUCUGCGCCACCACCAAGCAGCGCAAGGCCUGCGCCAACUGCAGCUGCGGCCUCGCCCAGGAGCUGGAGGCGGAGGAGAAGGAGAAGAUUCGGGAGAACUCGCAGAACGCAAAGUCCUCCUGUGGAAGUUGCUACCUGGGCGAUGCAUUCCGUUGCGCCUCCUGUCCCUACAGAGGUAUGCCAGCAUUCAAACCGGGGGAAAAGGUGGUCAUUGAUGCUAGCGACGAUCUGUGA